AUGCGGUCUUGCCUCUCGCUCAAGUUUUUACUGCCUCUUUUCUGGCUAUCAAUUUCGCUCACUGCCAUCAGCCGUUCGACCCUUGGUCGACCCGGGAAAAGUCCGUGGGAGCAUCCACACUGGCUUGAAACUCGCCAAGCACGAUCACUAACAUCGAACACCUCGCGGUCAGGCCAGCCUCUGGUCAUUGAUACUUUCCAAGAUUUUGAUCAAAAUGAUCUGGGAUUCUGGCACGGAACGGGUGAGGACCUGGAGACGGAGCACGAGCCAGGAGUCAUGCGUUUGUUUCCAUCAGAUCCGGAUCAGAAUUUCCAUACGCAGCUCAAUUCGCAGGGCUGCUUCAGCUUGAGUCCUUGGGCAAAUCAGUUCCUGCAUGUUGUGUUUGAAGGGAAUCGGGAAUUUACGGUCUCCCUGAAUGAGCACAACGCAGAGUGCAAUGCGGCUCGAUUACCGUUCCCUGGCACAGCCGACAGCGUGCAGUCUUCUCGAUACCUUCUGGAGACAGCUCAGCCCGAGGGAAAGGGCGUCGGUACCAGUGACGCAAAGAGAGGGAGUUCAAGUACACAGCCAAUGCCUGAACCUGGACCCCAAAUUGAUGACAUCUCCCAAGUUCAUGAUACUAAGCACCAAGCCAACGGCGCUCUUCAAACAGGUCGACUAGAAUUGUACAUUCCAUUGAGCCAUUUCCAUGUCAAUCUUGACAGGCUGAUCUCGGUCUCUCUCAACGGUUUCUAUACAGACGAGCCGAUCGCACUUCAUCGCAUCGAGAUUGUGCCCACUGUUCCUGCCCCGUCAGACGAGAACGACAACUUCACUCUGCCUAAGAAGCUUCCCACAGGAACUUUGGUCUUGCGUUGCAAGCGUCCGAACUCAUUCGCUUUUGGGAUUGAUGAUGGUCAGCCGCAAUUCGCGCAGGAGGUCAUGCAGAUCCUGGAUGACGAAAAAGUGCGAGCGACCUUCUUCGUGGUUGCGUCGGGGCUUAGAGAUGAGACUACAAAUUUCACGGCAUUCUAUCGCGAGAUGUUGAGCAAGGGACACCAAGUUGCUUUGCACUCCAACACACAUCCGAAGCUCGAGGAGCUGCAGGACUUGGACGAAAUCGACGACGAAAUCAUCCAGUCCAUCGAGACCUUGCGCAACGAGCUGCAGGUAGCAUCGAAAUACUUUAGACCCCCGUUUGGCACAGUUGGAGCACGACUACGUCAGGAGCUUGCCAAAUACAUAGACAAUCCGACCAUUGUGAACUGGAGCGUCGAUGUCGAAGACUGGCUGUGGGCCAAUUCGGACACGCCAGAGCGGCAACUCGAUGCGUUCUACCGUGGUGUCGCCCGCGGAGGCAACCUUGCGGUGAUGCACUACCUGCACCCAUCGACUGUGACGUAUCUCCGGCCAUUCAUUCAUUAUGUCAAAAGCCAGGGACUCCAAAUCAUGCGAGUUGACCAGUGUUUAGAGGACCCAACGAGUCCGCCAGUGUGA